UUUGAAGAUGGGUGUGUCAGACUUUGUUUAAAAAGGACUGUGUCCGUGUAGUCCUCUCACAUCCGUCUCUUUUUCUCUUCCUCAAGCACAACUCCUUCAGACGAACCGUCACCAUGUCUAAGCUUCUUGGCGCAAUUGGAAUUCUUAAGCAGACUUUUGAUGAGUAUGCUGGAACAGAUGGUGACAAAACCACCCUAUCCAAGAAGGAAAUUGCAGCAAUGCUAAAAAAAGAGCUUCCUGGAGCAGGGGGUGACAAAAAGGAAGAAGUGGACCAGUUUUUCAAGAUGCUGGAUGAGGAUGGUGACGGUGUAGUUAAUUUCAACGAAUACAUCAUUUUUGUUGCCACCCUUGCUUUGCUCUUAACCCAGUAAAAUGUCUGAAAUCUGCUUGUCAAAUCACACUGUCUGUGGUUUAAAAAAAAUCAAGAGCUUGAGCAAAUUAAAGUGAAUGUGAUAUAUUAAAACAAGGAAAAUAAAACUUUUUUCACACCUAAAA